CUCCUGUCUUGCAAGACCGCUGCUACUACUACGAGAGAUCCCAUGCUGCUGGGCGGCAGGAGGAAGGUUCUAAAGAGUGUUGGUUCCUGAUCACUUCCUCUUAGCCUGUUCAUUCGUUUUCACUUUCUGUCUCUGGCUCUUGUUAUUAUCGCUGGUUCCCUUUCUAGCCCCAUCAUUCAUCUUAUCAUAUCCUUCCUCAGACUCCGCCGACAUUCUUGACAGCCGGAGCUCAUAAUCGGCUUGGUGUAUCAGAGUCUUGAUAUAUCCGACUAAUAACUACACGUUGGAAUUUCGGACUUGUCUACUUGGGCAUUAGUAUUGCCUACAUACCUUUAUUAGAGUGGUUCUGCUUGUCACACUCGUGUUCACAUUCUGCUGGCUUGGAAUAGACCAUCAUGGCGGCGUCCGAGUCGAUAGUCAAACCGACUCUCUUAUUAUCGAGGAUAGUCUCACGGGAGAUAAGAGAGUAUAGCAACUGUACUCGAGGGGCAGAUGGCUUCAUCGACCCAAAUAGUUGUUAUGUCCCCUUUUGGUACACAAGAACGGGCGUCAUCGUCAAAUGGUCUCUUUUCCUCGGCCUAAGUACCUUCUUCGGGCUCUACCUCAUACUAGGCUAUCUACACGCCAAAAGGCGGAUAACGAAGGGUCAACCACCCAUGGCGUAUCACAGGUGGCUCGUCGCCCGCGACGAUAUCGCCCGCGUAGACCCUCGCUACCUUGAUCCCCAAACAACCUUCCAGCCUUACGGCAACCCUGCUGUUCUUACCAGACCCGGAAGCCAACAACAACAGCCCUACGGAAACUACGGAAUGUACCCAGUUCCCCCACCAGUCUAUGACCCCGACGCUCCUCGUCCCCCGAUGUACCCGGGACCUCCACCGACCAUGGCCAUGGCUAUGGCGCAGCCGCCGGAUGGAGCGACGAAGGUGGAUCCUAUGCAACAGGCGCCAGUGCUACCGCCGGUGUCAACAACAGUGCCACCAACCUCUGGAACUGGCGGCGAUGGCAACGAGCGAUAUGAAGCGCCGCCUGGACCACCACCGCCGAUACAAGCACAGGCGCAGACACAGGCACAGGCGCCGAUAAGGCAGCAGGGAACGGGUGGAACGAAUCCUUUUCGUGAUUGAGUGAUUGGACAAACUCUUUUUUUCUCUUGGGUAGGAAGGCUUCGUCGGUUUGGGGUUCGCUCAUAAUUUUGGCAUCCGUCCGCUAGGAUAAUUAGAUGGUUGGUUGGAUUGGCAGGUAUAGCAUUGUCUUAUUUUUAUAUGUUUAAUUUGCAUUGAUUGUGCCAGAAUGAAGGAACAACCUUAAGGACCGUGGCGAUCACUUGAGCUCAGCCGAGAUAGCCAGAGUAGACUGAUAGAUGGUAUUGAUGAAGCUCCAAGUUAACUUAC